AACAAUAAAAGUCCCCCAAUACAUCCCCAUUGGCCACUCAAACUUCUUCUCUCCCUAUCAUAUACCUCGCUCAUCUCCCUUACUGCUCAACCAAGCAACUGGAACAAUGGUGUUCUCCGUUGCCAGGAAAUCUAGCGGGUUCGUCACUCCUGCAGAGCCGACACCGACUGAGAUCCUUCCUCUGUCUGCCAUAGAUCGCAUCGAGGGUCUUCGCUACUUUGUGCGAUCAGUUCAUGUGUUCAAGAGCGGGGUGAGGGCGGCAGAAACCAUCAAGCAGGCUAUGUCAAAGGCCCUCGUAACUUAUUACCCGUUGGCUGGCCGGUUCAUCAAUGAUCCUAACGAUGGUGAAGUGAAGUUAGCGUGUGGAGGUGAGGGCGUGUUGUUUGUUGAAGCUGCCGCUAACUAUAGUCUUGAGGAUGUGAAAUUUCUCGACCAUCCGCUGAUGAUCCCGCAGGAUGACAUAUUCCCGGAGCUCUCCCAAGAUAUUAUUGAGGCAGUCGACAUUCCGAUCAUGAUGCAGGGUGGCUUCGCCAUCGGCCUCUUCGUAGUCCACACAAUUGGCGACGGCCUCGGGUUUGCUCAGUUCCUACACGCAAUUGGAGAGACGGCCCGCGGGCUCCCAAAACCCAGCCUUAACCCCAUCUGGGCCCGGGACCUCCUCCCCAAACCGCCCAAGCUCCAGCAAUCAGGCCCUCCUCCUGUCAUCCACAACCUCAGGCACGCCAUUGGAGAGAUGGCCCGCGGGCUCCCAAAACUCAGCCUUAACCCCAUCUGGGCCCGGGAUCUCCUCCCCAAACCGCCCAAGCUCCAGCAAUCAGGCCCUCCUCCUGUCAUCCACAACCUCAAGCUUGAAUCCACAACCAUAGAUUUCUCAGCCGACAGCAUCCAAAAGCUCAAAACAGACUUCUUUCAUUCCACAGGGAAACACUGCUCCGCCUUCGACGCCUCUGUUGCCAUGAUAUGGCAGUCUCGAGCCCGCUCUAUCGGGUUCGAGCCCGAUGAGUUGGUUCACAUUUGCUUCUUCGCCAACAUUCGCCAACUUCUCACUAAUAUUCUUCCCCAAGAGGGAGGGUACUACGGCAAUUGCUUCUACCCCGUAACGGUCACCUCCACUACCGGAAGAGUGGCGGAGUCGAACCUUGUGGACGUGAUGAAAAUCAUAAGGGAUGCGAAGAGCGGCCUGCCAAAAGAGUUCGCUAAAUGGGUCAUUGGGGACUAUAAGGACGAUCCGUUUCAGCUGUCCUUCACUUACAAUUCUUUGUUCGUGUCGGACUGGACAAGGUUAGGGUUUAGGGAGGUGGAUUAUGGGUGGGGCAAACCGGUGAAUGUCAUACCAUUUGCUUACGAUGAUUUCAUGGCGAUGGCCGUCAUUGGGACUCUACCGGUGCCGAAGCAGGGGGCAAGGAUCAUGACACAGUGUGUUGAAAAAGAGCACUUCGAGAAAUUUCAGCAUGAGAUGGGGAAAUUUAUUUGAAAGAGUUAAUGGUGCUAAUAGAUUGAAGUGAAAGUCAGAAUUACGGUGCUGGUUUCAAAUGAACGAUUAGGACUUGUACUACCAUGAUUUUUUCUUUUUUCAUUUGUAUUUCUAUUUGCGAAGGCUUACUCAUUGCCCAAGUAUUGCUUGAUGUGUGGGAACAAGAUGUACUGAAGUAAACAAAACGCUAUGUUGAAGGCCAAUUCAGUUACCUUAGAUGGUGUGCAACGGAAGAAAAA